AUGACGAAGUUGACAAAGACACAAGAAUUUUACAAAGGAAAGUCAAUUUUCAUCACCGGUAGUUCCGGAUUUAUGGGAAAAGUUCUCCUUGAAAAGCUUCUGUAUUCAUGUUCUGAUGUCAAGCAAAUCAUUAUUCUCGUAAGACCAAAACGCGGAAAAAGCGCAUUACAACGAGUUCAAGACUUUUCAACCCUUGCCAUGUUUAAGAGAAUCAACAAUGAGAAACCAGAAGUGAUGCAAAAGAUUGUACCAGUUUUUGGUGAUAUUCAAAAGGAAAACUGUGGCUUAAAUGAUGAGCACUUGAGGAAAGUUAUUGAAGAGUCAGAACUAGUCUUUCAUAUGGCAGCAUCAUUAAAAUUGGAAGCGACACUUAAACCCAAUAUAGAAAUGAAUCUUCUAGGAACAAAGCAUGUCAUUGACAUGUGCAAAAGAAUGCCGAAACUAAUGCUUUUGAUGCACUUGUCGACAGCAUUCUGUACAUCAGAUAAGACCGGAACUUUAUAUGAGCGCGUUUAUGAUUGGAAGGAUGAUCCUAAUGAUCUUAUCAGGUGUGCUGAAUGGAUGGAUGAAAAGACUAUGGAAAAUGUCCAAUCAAAAUUACUUGAUCCACAUCCAAAUACUUACACUUAUACAAAGCGCUUAGCUGAGAUUCUCGUCCGAUCAAAUUUCAGAGAUAUUCCAGCCUGCAUUGUUCGACCUUCGAUAGUAACACCGGCUUUCAAUGAUCCAUGUCCAGGCUGGGUUGACAACUUGAAUGGUCCCGUAGGCAUUAUGGUUGCUGGAGCUAAGGGAGUGUUGCGAUCUAUGUUGUGCAAUGGAGACUUUAAGGGUGAAUGCAUCCCUGUUGAUUUUGCAAUUAAUGGUAUUAUUGGAAUUGCAAAGAGUGUAGCAACAAUGAAAGAAAAACCAUCAGAAAUUCCCGUUUUUAAUGUGACUUGUCAUCCUGAGAGUAAACAAACUUGGGAAUAUAUUUUGGAAGAAGGACGUAAAAUGGUACAGAAAUAUCCUUUUGAAUUUGGACUUUGGCUUCCUGGCGGUGGAAUCACAAUGAAUAAGAAACUACAUAAGCUUAAUGUUGCUUUAUUCCAUUGGGGACCUGCUUAUCUAAUCGAUUUUCUCAUGUUCUGUUUUGGACAGAAGCGAUUCAUGUAUCGUGUGCAACAAAAGAUAUCUCAAGGACUUGAUGUAUUAACUUUCUUUACAAUGCGUGAAUGGCUUUUUGACUCAAAAAAAUUUCAACAAGUCUUUCAAGAAAUGGAACCAGACGAUAAGAAAAUAUUUUAUAUGGACACGAGAAUUAUUACUAAAGAUAUUGAGUUGGAUUACUUACGUGACACUUUAUUGGGUGGACGUCAAUAUUGCAUGAAAGAACCUUUAUCCACAUUACCCAAGGCAAGGAUUCAACUGAAAAUCAUGAAAAUCAUUGAUGCUCUUAUUAAGCUUUUCUUCUUGUACCAUAUUUUGAGAUAUAUCUUAAAAGCCACAGGUCUUGACAGCACAAUAUCUGCGUUAAUUGAUGACUUGAAUGUUAAUCGAUCACUUACAAUAUAA